AUGCUCCUUCCAUCGAUAUACCGCUACUGUGCAGAGAAGAAAAUUUAUAGGUUUAUCAGAACAGCUGCCUUAAAUAACAAAAUAAAUAUCACAGGGGGGGAUGGGGCAAAAAAAAAAAAAAAAAAAUUAAGCUCAAAAACUACUAAAUAUAUUAAUUAUCUUUUUCUGAAAAGGAAAAAAGUAGAAGAACAAAUACGUUUUAAUAAUAUAAAAAGGAAACAACUAAAAGAUAUAUCAACUCCAUUUCAUGUUAUUUAUAAAAUUAAAAAUAAUCAAUUACAGCUGGUGAAGAAAUAUCCCCAUUUGGAAAAUUCUUGUAAGCAGAAUGAAGCAGAACAACAGCUCAUCAGUGAUAAAAAUGGACCAACCAGUGGUCAUUUAAGAAAUGCGGGUACUAAGUCUAACCAAAUUUAUUAUGUCAAAGAUAAAGGAAAAAAUGCAAAUAAGUAUUUGCAGAUUGACACUAAUAUGAAUAUAGAAAAGAAUGUAAUACUAACAGUGAUGCACACAGAUAGAAACGUACUUCAUAAGGGUAAAGACAAGCUUUUUGAUAAGUACACAAAGGAGUGUACAUUUUAUCCUUGUGAUAAUAUUAGAGCAAACAAAAAAUGGAGCAAUUUAAAAAGUAUGAAUAGCAUUAAUAAUAUUAUCGAAAUAAGAAAAAAUAAAGACAUAAACAAUUUGUACUUGAUAACAAGUUUAAUAAAUAUAUAUCAUGAAAAUGGUUACAACUAUUUAGUUCUAAAUGUAAUGAAACAGCUAAAAUAUUUGCAGUACUAUAUGAAUAUUAGACAACUAAGUCUAAUCAUGUAUAAUUUGUACAAAUUUUAUUUUAUAAGUAUCAUAAGGAACAUAUUUUCAAAGGACGAUAUGGCAAAUAUGGACGCCUAUUUCGAUUCGUUUUACGUGUUGGACGACCACGUGUUCCGGCGUAGUGUAAGUAGUAGCAGUGUAAGUAGUAACAGUGUAAGUAGUAACAGUGUAAGUAGUAACAGUGUAAGUAGUAACAGUGUAAGUAGUAACAGUGUAAGUAGUAACAGUGUAAGUAGUAACAGUGUAAGUAGUAACAGUGUAAGUAGUAGCAGUGUAAGCAGUAACAGUGUAAGUAGUAGCAGGGGUAGCGGUGGCGAUCACAUGAGGUACGCCAUGGUCGAGCCCAGCUUGAUAAGGGCGUUUCUCAUAUCGUUGGUCAGCAACCUGAAGAAGGAUUUACAUGACGAAAAGGAUAUGAAUGUGUUGAGCAAAAUAAUUUUCGUUUUUUCCUUUUUCCAUGUCCAUGAUAAACAAUUGUAUGAGAUGUUAAUUGACAGAAUUUUAAAAAGUGUUCACAUAAAGAGUAAUCAUAAAAUUAAUUAUUUUUCCUUAAUAUCCUUGGCUUUUGAAAAGCUAAAUUUAUACUACUCCAAAAUUUCCUUUAUACAUUCUUAUAUUAUUACAAAGAAAAUGAAAAAAUUGACAAAAACAGCACAAACAUUUUUUAUGACCAAUAAAUAUAAAAGAAAAAAAUUAAAACAAGUCAACUUAUUUGAUGUACAUAAAAAAAAAAAAAAAAUUUCUCUAAUUCAUCUGAAGGAUUUACUCACCUAUAUGUACGUAAUGAACAGAAAUAAUCUAAAGAACAAUAAAUUUGUUCUCACCUUAUUAAAUUAUGCUAGUUGCUACUUCAACCAAAGUAGGGCAAGUGGACAAGCCACUUGCUAUAAGUACUCAUACUCUCAGAGUGUUAGCACCAUUAGCCACACUAGUGGUAUUUGCAGGGUUUACCCUACGAGUGUGCUAUCCUCAAAGGAUGAACGCAUAACAGCAAAUGGUGUACGCAAUAACUGCUUGAUGUAUUUUACAAGUUUGAAAAAUAAUAAUUUUAAGUGUACCCGAGAUGACGAUUUGAAAAGGGAAAAAAGAAAAACGAUGUUGUUCUCAUACAGUAAUAUGAUUCUCAAAAGUAAUACGAAAAAUAAAAAAUUAAAUAAAUUUUUAGCCCUCUAUUCGUUAUAUAAAAUAAAUAAAAAUACUCAUCGUAGUAAUUUACCAAAGGGUUACUACACAAACUGCAUUUCGUUAGCUGAGCAAAGGGAUGUAGGUGCGAGGGGUAUCUAUGCAAUAGAUAGUAACGUAACUGGUAUUGACGUAACUGGUAUUGACGUAACUGGUAUUGACGUAACUGGUAUUGACGUAACUGGUAUUGACGUAACUGGUAUUGACGUAACUGGUAGUAACGUAACUGGUAGUAAUGUAACUGGUAGUAACGUAACUGGUAGUAACGUCAGUGGUAGCGAUAUUACCGCCGGUGGGGGCUUCACUACAUUGCAGAGGGCAGAACUGGACGAUGGAAGAAUGAUGCGUGGAAGGAUGGCUCAUGCUGAUUCUGCUCAAUGUGUAUCCAUAAACAGGGGAGAUAAAUGUUCUUCCACAAGACAAAGGGGAAAUUGCGAAGAAAACGUAGAUCGAACUGCGCAAAAAGGGGGAUAUAUCAGUACUGUUGUUGGUGGUUCUACUGAAAAUUAUGGUAGUGUUAGUGGUUCCGUUGCUUACCGGGGGAACUUCCCCGCACGUGAGAAGAAGGACGGUGUUAUGAUUACAGGUAAACCGUUCAUAAAUUGCUACAACAUUAAUUUAUUUUCUCUUACAUUAGUGUUGCAUCAUUUGGUGCAUUAUGAUUAUCUAUAUUUAAAAAAAGUUGAAGCUUUCAAUAGUUUAGUUAAGUUAUACUUAGAUCUAAUAAGAAGUACGAAAUUACGAAAUAUGCAUUAUUUUUACACUUAUCGAAUUAUUGAAAUUAAUAGAAAGAUAAAUAUUUUUAAUAAUUUUAUUAUCAAAUUAUUAUAUUCCUCCAUUUUGUUUAAAUGUAGCACUGACAAUCUUUUUAACAAGUCAAUCAUUCUCAGUUUUUACGCACAUAAUGUUUGUUUCUAUUUGAUUAUGUUAUAUGAACAAUUAGUAAAAAGCAAAAUAAAAGACUACGUUUUGAAUGAUGCAGUACACACAUAUAUAUUGAAUUUCCUUAAGUAUAGUAAUAAUGUUGAAGAGGGGGCUGAUCACUUGCUCUAUCUUCGAUGCUUAAAGGUUCUCUGUUUAGUGAAAUGUAGAAGAAUUGAUGGAUACAGGGAUAUAGGUAUCCGUGGAAGCAGUAGCGUAGGCAGCAAUGGAAGCAAUCCUGUCAAGCGCAGGUAUGUACUACGUAAUGGCUUUAUCACGGCCAGCCAUAGCGAUAGAGAAAAUGUGGAUCAGGAAAAGAGGGCAGUCAUAGAGGAGUAUGCGAAUAGUUGGCCAUAUUUUGAUUUUCAAUUUUUAAUUUUUAAAAAUAUGAAAAAAGUGAAAUGGCGUUCUAUCGAUAAUUUGUGUUUAUUAAAAUUUUACAAAUACAUGAAUAAAUUAAAAAAAGUGGAAAAUAUUUGUAGGAAUAGACGAAGUUAUUGUGGUGACAAGGUCAGGCAGUUAUCUGACGAUGUGCACAAUAAGAUAUGUAAAAUAGUUAAAGAAAGAAUUUAUGACUUUUCUUUUUUAGAUUUGAUAAAAUUGUACUUAUAUAGCAAUAAAGAAUUAAAAAGGAAAGUAUUUCAUUUGGGAUUCUUCUUCAAUAAUUUAUUAUCAUCAGGGAGUAACAUAAUGGCAAAAAAUGGAGAUGAUGUUUACGCCUUUUUAAUUUUUAAAACAACUAUCACACACAUGUGUUUAAGUGAGAUAUUAAAAAAAAAAAAAAAAAAGGGGAAAUUUUUUAUUAAACAUUUUGAAGAAAUUGGUGUAAAAAUUCUAACCAUGUACAAAAAUUAUGCACAGAAAAAUAUUGAAAAAAUAAAAAAGAAAUAUUUAUACCAAACAGUUGUGUAUACUUUUUUAUAUUUGUGUAUGCUUUUUCAAAAAAAGAAUAUAAAAAAUUGUGAGCACAAAAUGACAAACGAAAAAAAAAAAGUAAAAGAAAGAAAAAGAAAAAAAGGGAUAGUGGAAAAUUUGUUCGAAAUUUUAAAAAUUAGCCUGAACAACUGGUUAUUCAGUACAGACGAAAGGAGUGUACUCAUAUACGUUUUUCUUUUACAUAUGCAAAAUAUACAAAGUAGAAAUAAACAAAUAAGAGCUUUAUUUUUUAGCAAAAGGCAUGCAGAAAAUUUUGUACAAGUGGUUUCACCGCGUUGUAUGGAACAAAUGAACAAAAUAUUUAGAUCCCAUUUUAUUAGGUGCUCAUCAUGUAUGACAUAUGUUAAUCCAUUACUUUUAUUCUUUUUAUUUAAAUAUAUAAUAUUUUUAAAGAAUUACAAGAAUAGAAAGGAAAAGAAAAAUGUAGAACAACUUAUUAACAGCAGUACUAUAUAUCAUCAUCUCUUGAGUGCAAAUAAUGACUAUUGUUAUCUCGACUUUAUUUUUUAUGCCAUAAAUAAAAAUAAUUUUAUACUAAGCAACACUCUGUUUGAUGAUUUCACAAAUAUUUAUUUUAAUAAACAAAAUUAUACCUACAAAAAGGGACCUACUAUUACUGAUAAUUUUGUACACGCAGAAGGUGCAAAUCCAUACAUAUCAAGCCCACACAUGCCAGGCAUCCACACGUCAAGCACCCACGCGUACCAUUUAUGGGAAUGGAAUAAACUAAUCAACGUUUUGUCAACAAACCAGAACGAUCAGCAUAUAUAUAAAAGCAUUGCUUAUAACUUUAUUGCUCGUAGGAGAUCCAUAGAGUACUCAAUGAAAACUGCAUUGAACAUGAACAAAAAAGAAAUGUUUUUCCUCUAG